GCGGAAUCAAGGCUUCUCACGCCCUCGCAUACACGCAAGGAUUGAUCCUCCAGGGAUACCAUAUAGAGUGUUCCGAUCAAUGUGUUACGGCAUAGAGGGAUGUAAGGAAUACAGCGUAGUAUUAUGGGCGCCCUUGCAACAGCUGCGAACGCGAUGCGCGAGACCGUAUUGGAACAAAUGAUGCCCUUAGUAAUACAGGUAGUAUUGCUUCACCAUUGGAUUCAGCCAAUAAGUAGGUGAUGUACCCAGAAUUAUUGUAACUGAAACAGGAUUCGUCUUCGGUCUGUCUGUGUCUCACAGGGUUAUUAUUAUUAACGGUGUCCGUUUCGGACUAAGGCAGCGAGAGCGGAUACCGAUCCCGUCGAGUGCACGGUAUUAGCGUUCUCCGCGUCCACAUCGCGACGCGAUGAAUUGACGUUUUUCUCUCGCCCUUCUCCCCUCGAUCCUUUUCUCUUCUUUCUUAACCAUCUUUUAUGGAUCGUCCCAGUGCUCUCUCGAACUGCUAGUCUACCCCAUUUGAUAUUUCUCUUAUUAUUUCUCCUUAGUUAAGUUCCUUUUUGGUCAUUGCGUUUCUGUUUAUGAAGCAUUUACCUCGCCGGCAAUUGGAAUGACGCGGCCCUCUUCCUAUCAUAAGCAUGUCUGAUCCAGAAUCUGCUGGAGCUGCUGCGGCAAGUCCACUGUCUCCGGAAUCAGCGGGUGUCUCCGAGAAUGCUACCCAGAAUUACGCGUUUCUUGUCCAUUCGCAGAGGACAUUGACACAAAACUUACCUCCGCGUGUCGAUAACAAAUUAUUAGCACGCCAGAAGCGUCGGAGGACCAGCCCACAGGACCACAAAGUUCUCGAGGAGGAGUAUCAGCGGAACCCGAAACCGGACAAGGCUACCCGUGCAGUUAUUACCAAACGCGUCUCUUUGGGCGAGAAGGAGGUUCAGGUUUGGUUUCAGAACCGCCGUCAGAAUGACCGUCGGAGAUCGAAGCCCUUGGAGCCUCAUGAACUUGUCGGUCCUAAGUCCGGUAUGACUGUGACCGAUCCUUCUGAACGAAUUGCCGAUGACGGCGACAGUACAUCUGCAGACAUGAAAGGGCAAUUUAUUUAUCAUGAAAAAUGUGCUGUCAACGAAGACUGUGCAGGAAAAUCUUUGGAUGACCAAGAUGAGCCGUCGUCCUUAGAGUCGGAUGCUUCGUCUGGGGAUCAAGAGGAGCCUGGGCAGCUAAGCACACAGACCAGCCUAACAACAGAGUAUGUGGGAAAUAGUCAACAGUAUGCACAGGAAAACAAUUCCGGGUCUGGAACAGUGGAUAAUCAGCAAAACAUGCCGACCGACCAAUCCAGCUCGAGGAAGCGUGCCUUUUCUGAUAUUCAUAGCCAUGAACUGGACGGUCAAUUACUGUUGAGGGGAGAUAGGUUGCUGGAGGUGAAAUCACCACCAUCACUGCGACUAUCCCUGUCAUUUGAUGGGGAGGCAAUGCUUCGAAAGGAAGACGAACUAUCUCCGUCUUCUCACAAAGGACGAAAUGCGCUGAGAAUUGCCAUGUCUUCGGAUGGGAAAGCAGUCAUUCGCGCCGGUGGUGAACCAUCCCCAUCCAAAAACAGGGUGUCUAUGUUUUCGACCAGGACCCCCAGAUUGGCGGGCAUUCGAAGAAGCAGCAGCGCGGUUAUCCUUGGAACACCGCGGACCGGUGCAGCUUUUGGAAGAUCACGCGAUCCCCGCAAUUGGGAAUCCUUUUUCGACACCGACGCACGAAGCGCCUUGUCAACCCCGGCUUGCUCCCAAACAAAGUCAAGGAUUGAUUCGCCCAGCCUUUUCCGUUCCCGAAGCCAGCGUUCUCUGAGCCGAAGUUUCUCGGGGAGACACGACAUUCUGGCGACUAGCGCGGAAACAUCUAACACAGCGAGUUCUCAAACUGCGCUUAAGAAACGGAAGCUCUCCCGCACUGUUUCAUCUUUGGGUAGGCUCGAGUCCGCACUCGGCGCUCCAAAUGGCAAGGCAUCUGUUUACCCAAUGAAAGCGUCAAAAGUCCUCGAAGAUGCUAAGAAAGACCUGGAUGACUAUGAGAAGCACCUUGGUGAUUCAGACAAGGAAAACUGGAUACCGGGAACUCGAACAUCGCAUGUCCGUCGACGCAUAGCUGCUAAUAGCUCUCGACGCGCUGUGUUGAAAGACCCAGGUUCUCGGGCUGGUAAAGGUAACAUGAACUUGGGUUCGAUGUCCAACAACAGGGCCACUCGAAACUUUCAGGGACAGUGGCAUAAAUCCAAUGGACAAGAAAGCAAAUUAAUGCCAGAACUUAAUGCGGACGUCUCUGCAUUUAUGGCCGGUGGCAGCGGCCCAAGUCAAGAGGAAGAUCUCGAUUGUAUCCAAGGGUUGCUGUCAUUGAGUCAAGGUGCUUGGAGAUAGGACAGUCUGCUCUUGCCUAUUUUUUUCUUUUUAAAUACCCCAUUUCCUUUGUUGACUAAUUUUCCUUUGUCUUUUUCCUGAUAUGUUGAGAGUCUUGUUGAAACAAGCGAUUUCCGCGUAUACAUUGCGAGUAGACGCUCAUUUAACAAUGUUCGAAUAGUCCUGUUCUCACGCUUUUUUUUGCUCCAACUGACCAUUUCCUGGUUCAAGCCGAUUUUCCCCUGGAUAUCUGCGUCUAACUCGAGUACUUCCAAGAUGAUGUUUGAGCUGGGUCGAAAAUGAGAACUUUCGGUUUUGGAAGACCCGACAGAAAGAGAUACCCAAAUAUGAUAUCAAGAAAAAUGUGACAUUGAGUUUGGAUCGAUUGGAGCCGUUUUCGGCCUCUGUAUUAUGGUCUCGCAUUAUGCAAUGGGAAGAAUAAUGUUGGAAGGAGG